CUGGUGUCUGUGUUUGGUGUCAGGACGGGCGUUCGCCAUGGUGCUGCCGCCACUAGCCCUGCUGGCGUUCUUGGACUUGGCGAUUCAGUGGGGUCUCUGGGCAGUGGCUGCCGCGUUGCGGACGGAGAAGUUCUACGAUUUGGCGGGAAGUGGGACAUUCAUCUUGCUGACACACCUGAGCCUCAGAUGGGGCAACACACAGUAUCCUCGGCAGCAGGUCCAGACAGGGCUGGUGACUAUUUGGGGCCUCAGGUUGGGGCUCUUCCUCUUUAUACGGAUCCUGAAGGAAGGAUGUGACAGACGAUUCAAUGGUGUUAGAGAGAGUCCAGGCACUUUUUUUCUUUACUGGACAAUGCAAGGUGUAUGGAUAUUUGUAACGCUACUCCCCACUCUGUUGCUAAACCUGGAAAAACAGGAUAAGGCUCUAGGGUACUGGGACUACUUUGGCUGGAGCACCUGGGCAGUGGGGUUCAUUACAGAGGCUAUAGCUGACCAGCAGAAAUGGCACUUCAGAAGCAACCCUGAUAAUGCCGGGAAGUUUGUGCAGAGUGGUCUAUGGGCUUAUAGUCGCCACCCCAACUACUUGGGUGAGAUCUUGCUGUGGACAGGACUGUUUUUGUCAGCCACAUCGGUGUUACAUGGGUGGCAGUACAUCAGUGUUGUCUCACCAUUGCUGGUGUGGUUCUUGCUAAAUUACAUCAGUGGGAUUCCACUCCUGGAGAAAGCAGCCAUGAAGAGAUGGGGGAAGGAAGCUGCUUUCCACACCUACUUGCAGAAGACUCCCAUACUGUGGCCUAUUAGCUUGAGGUAGUAGCAGAGAAGUGCUGCCUUCAUCCUCUCUGGGACAGCCUCAAAGGGAAUCUGGACACGACAGCUGCAUCGGAGGGACCACUUUGAAUUGACAUUACACACUGCUAUGGUCAGUCUUUAGCAAGCUGUUAGCAUGCAGUGGCUUAUCAUGUGGCUGCUAUAAGUCUGGCUGCCACUCCUGCCCUCCCCCCCAUCCCAUUCAUGUGGUAAAAAUCUAUACAGCCAUCCAGUGUAUACACAUGGCUUGGCAUGUGGAGACAGCCACCAAAGGGUCCAGUUUGAAGUCACUUGCUUCUUGGGGUGGCCACUUUAUAUGAUCCAGUCCUCAACUAGUGUUUCAUCAUGCUGAGUGGGCAGUCAGUCAUCACUACAUCAGUAGGAUUUCCCUCACUGCCCUAGAACAGAAACGUGGUAUAAUACUAAUCUGAGAUUAGAUGGUUGUGCUGGUCUUUUAGCUUCAAUUACAUAAAGUAGCUGGAAGGCUUUGCUCUCUUCCUGGUAAGUGGGUGCCCCUUGCCUAGCUUCCUGAGGCGUUAAUCCCAGUAAUCCAGUACACUGAGAAAGGAGGAAAUCAUAGCCACUAGAUUCACCUUUUGUAGAAGAGAGCAUGAAUAUAACCUGCUGAAGCAGGGUUAGAAACAGAUAACAUGCCAGUGCUGGCAGAACUAUUCUGCCUGGCUCCAACUUAAUAUAAAAGUCACCACUCUUUUUGUAUUUGUAUGUAAAGCCAAGCUUGUAAAUCCUCCAGCUUUGAUAAAGCUAUAAUUUUAGUAAUUAGUUACUGUACCAGCCAUGAACACAGGUUUAGGCAUUACAUUACCCUGUGCUCCUUGAAAUCUUUUUACUAGCAGGCAUGGCAUUCCAGAACUUGUUACUACUCACCCAACUAAUAAAUUAGAUCAAGCUAGGCUUUUAGUGCAAAUUCCUCACAAAGAGUAGUACAAUUAAAGUUUAAAAGAAGGAAUCCCACUUGUGAGGAAAAAAUGUGUUAUGUGCUACUUUUACACAUCAAACAUCUACUAAGACAUGCGGUUGUCUUCCUUAGCUCCUAGUUUUGGCCCUGCAUAAAGCUUGCCCCUAAAUCUACAAUAAUAAAAUAUUUGUUCUUACUAUGCACAAGGUGGUGCUACAAAUCAAUUAUCAACUUGCUAAAAAAGAGCCUAUUCUAGUCCAGCACCAUCUCCAACUACAGCCAGAUAUCCCUGUGAAGUUCACAGACAGACAUGAGGGAGAUAAGCAGCCUGUGUGCUCUUAGCAUAUGAUAAACCAGGGGCGGGGGGAAUUGAUAAGCCAUCAUACAUUUACUUUAAUACAAACAAACACAAAACUAGUUGCCAUCUCCAUAUUUUGUGGCAGUGAUGUUUGUGUAGCAAACUUCUUUUCACGCCAUUGUUCCAGAAGUUCUAGUUUAGGAGACACUGGAAUUCACUCUCUCCACCCUAUUCAUACACAGAGCAUCCCAGCUUUUCAACUGAGCCUUUCUUCAUAAGAGGCUUUAAAACCUGUGAUGAUUUGUUGCUUUUUUUGUAUCUUCUGUUAUACUACAGUAUCUUUUUUGUAAAGCUGUAUCAACUAGAACUGCAUUUUAAGUGUGGUUUGUAUUAUAAAAUGGUGUAAUGACAUUAUGAUACUUCGGAUUAAAAAUCAACAUUUUCUAACA